ACAAAAUAUGGCGGCGCCCACGAAAUGUACACCGACAAGUUUUUGCAGGACAAAUUACAACAAAUCUAACAUUUAAAUCGCGGUAUCAAAUUAAAAACACUAUCUUGUGACGCAUAAGGGAUGUACCUUAUCAGUUGAACUGAGGAGGAGAGACUACAUGAUAGAUGAAAGAAAUGGCUACCCAGCAGAAGGAAUGGAAUGAUUGGGUGGGAGAGUUAUUUGCCCCUGCUGUGGAUGUGACAGUGAAGGAUCUACUGGGCGAGAAAACACCGGAGGAGGAAACAGUGAUCAAGUCUCGCAUCAAACAUGUAUCGGCAUUUGAUCCUGAGGCAGUGCGACGAGUAUAUGAGAGGGUGCAUCUUAUGUCUGUCAUGGACGAGGAGAUGAAGGCUCAGAAACAGUCAGAGGCGGAAAACCUAGCUUCUAAAGAUGGUGAAACUCCCGAAGAACUACCUCAGAAGAAAACCGUUCAAGUGGAAUUGGAUGAUUCAUGUAUUUGGGACUCUGAUGAAAUCAGCAUCCUCCGAGAGGCAUUUAAAUCAGUAAAGGGAGAAAAUCUCCGACUAACAGGCAGAUGUAAGGAGCUGGAGAAGAGGAAUUUGUAUCUUGAAUCUCGUUUGGGAACCCUUUCCGGGGAAGUGGACAGUAAAGCUACUAAAAUAACAGACUUUAACAGAGCCAACAGUCGUUUAAAAAUCCACUGUGAGAAAUUACAGGAUGAACUUGACCAUGCUAAUGCAAGACUUACAGCAAUGGAAGAAAUAUUCUCCGAGAUCAGCACGGAAAAAUCUGCAAUGAUUAAAGAAGUGCAGGAAUUACGCAUACAGAGGGAUAAAGACAGAAUGGACAAGGGACGCCUGGAAUUGAACUUGGAGUCUGUCCAAAAUGCAGCUGAAAGUGAAAAACUAGCUGUAGAGGAAAAUGUUAAAAUACAGUGUCAGAUAGAAAUAAUAGAGCUUCAAAAACGUGUGGCCGAGUUGACAGCUGAUCUAGCCAAUGAGAAACGUGUUCAUACCAUCACCAAACGAGGUCUAGAUCACUUAAGGUCACACUUCGCAAGUCUACCUCUUUCCCACAUAGUACCUCCAAAUUCUGUGAGGACAGACCAGGUGUCAAAGUUCCAAUAUUGAUAUUAAUUUAAUGUAUAUAUGUAUAUUAAAUCAAGAAUACUUUCAUUUUCUGAAGCUUGAGGGCCAACUCUUCAUGGUAUUUAGAAAUUUUGUAAGGAUGUUGUUAGUUUAUGGUGAAUAGGAUUUAAUUAAUGUAAACAAAUUUGAAGGACUAAUUUCAGUGGUUUACAAUUUCAAUUAAAAGAGUACUAGUACAUGCAGUACACACAGAUUUUGAAAAAUUCUACUAUCCCAUAAUAUCUUAUAUACAUUGUAUUAAAAUACACUGAAUGAAGCAAAGAAAUGUUUCGGAAAAUUUCACUAAAGGCCCGACAAAAAUUCCUUAUAAUCCAGGUGUUAGUGGAAUGGUACACCAAACUUUUUUAUUUGUAUUUAAGAGUCAUGAUAUUUUUACUUUAAUUUUUUGUUAAGAAAGAAAGAACUUUCUUAUUUCUCGCACUGAUAUCACUAAUGGUGAAAUUUUAUUCUCCACAGAACUCUUUCUAGGAUGAAUAUCUAUUAUAUUGUAUUAUUGUAGUCUAAAAUUCAACAAUUGAUCUGUUAAGAAUAAUUCCAGAUAAAUAUCUUGGUGGACAGGGAUGCCUGAGGGGGAAAUUUGUGAUACCCAAAAUACAGUUAUCAUUUUUCUUUGGCCCAGUUUAAAAUUAAGAAUGUUAUAAACACAUUGCUGGUGUGCCCUCUAAUAUUAUUUAUAUCUGGAUCAUGCCUUUCCUAUUUCUUAAUAGACAAUUGCCUUAUUUCAUUACUAGUGCUUAUUCAUCUUGUCAUUAAAGUGUAUAUUGUAUCAAUAUUAUGUAUGAAGUGUUUUUAUUGCCAUUUAAGGGAACAUGUGGCAGGACUUGCAUCAAUAUCAAAUAAA